AUAAACUCUUUCUAAUUUCUCUCUCUCCCCUUCAAAGAAAAAAAAGGGAAAAAAAAAACACAUCAAUUUCUCUCUGUUCCUUUCCUUAGUCUCAAGAGCAAUUUAAGAUAGAGAAAAAGGUGAAGCUUAUGGUGGAGGAUUUUGGUAUGGAUGUGUACGUAGUGUGGAAAUGAAAUAUUAGGUUAUAGAUCAAAAGUAUCCAUUAUGGGUGGGGUGGAUGGAAAUUACAAGGCUGUAAUAGCCAUGGUUGUGUUGCAAUGCAUCACUGCAGGAGUCACUCUUUUCAGCAAAGUUGCUUUGUCACAAGGAAUGAGCCCUUUGGUGUUUGUUGUCUACCGCCAAUCUUUCGCCACUAUUAUCAUGGCUCCUUUAGCGUUUUUCUCUAAAUGGAGAAAUCCACACAAAACGUCAUUGGGAUUAAGAAGCUUUUCCUUGAUACUUUUGACCUCUAUAAUUGGUGUAACGGCCAAUAAUAACACCUAUUUUGAGGGUUUGAACUUGUCGUCUUCCACGAUAGCAACAGCAAUGUUGAAUCUGAUACCGGCAAUCACAUUUAUAAUGGCAGCCGUUGUUGGAUUGGAGAAAAUUAAUCCACGAAGCUUUAGAAGCAUUUCCAAGAUAAUUGGGACAAUUAUAUGUAUCAGUGGAGGCAUAUGCAUGGCAUUAGUUAAAGGCCCGGCUCUAUUUAAAAACACAAAAUUGGUACAAUUCCCCUCCAAAAAAUCAAUCUCAAUGACAAUGAGCUUUGGAGAAGGUUCGAACUUACCUCUUGGUUGCCUACUUCUCUUCAUAAACUGCUGCUGCAAUUCGUUUUGGAUUGUUAUGCAGGUUCCAAUUUCAGAGGCCUGCCCUGACCACUUGUAUACAACCUUUUGGAUGUUUUUCUUGUCGAGCAUACAAUCUUCCAUUUGUACAUUUCUCAUCGAUCGCAACCCCAAAGCGUGGCCUCUUCACUCAGUUCUUGAACUUGGAAGUUGUUUAUUUGCCGCAAUUGGUGAGGCAAUAUCCUUUUUCAUUCAAGUCUGGUGCACGUGUAAAACUGGUCCGGUUUUCUCUGUAAUGUUCACUCCACUCAGCACAGUUAUGGCGACCAUUAUAGCCAUUUUGUUCACAGAUCAAAUCUUAUACGUUGGAAGCUUAGCGGGUGCAUUUGCUGUUAUUCUUGGCUUAUAUCUGGUACUAUGGGGCAAAGCAAAAGACCUAAAAGAGCAUAAACGAUAUAACGAUGAGCACUCGGAUGGUGCAAAUUGUAGAGGCGAUUUGGAAAAACCACUUUUGCUUUAAAAUUAGUGAAUUACUCUAGAGGGUUCAUACAUUAAAAUUAGGAGAAUAAAUAAGUUAUGAUUUCAUUACAACGGUGAAUUAAGAUGGCAACAUAUCAUAUGCACGCAUUUGCUAUGGAGUAAAACCAAAAUUUAUGAGUGUGAAGUUGAAGAAAUGACCUUAAAGAGCUGAUAUUUGGAUUUUUGCCGUUUUGAUAUUUGACCUUUGGAUUAUUUAUGCACCUUUAAUGAACUAUCAAACAUCAAGAAUGUAUGUUUUAUCAAAAUUAACUCACUGGCCAAAAAGGUUAUCUACAAUUACCACCGGUAAGCUAUCAGAUGCUGCCAAAAUGCAAUCUUCUGUCAUCAAUCACCAAUGUCAGUUGCUGGAGACCGAUCUGGUAGAUUAUUUUUCAUAAUCUACCAUAUUAUUUAUUUAUUUUGAACAAAAAAAAAAAUUACCAGUUGUCACCAGUCUCCAGCCUGGAGAAAAAUUUGGUAGAUAAUUGUUCAUAAUCUACCAUAUUAUUUUUUUCAUUUUCAACUAAACCGUGGACGGUCGUUUUGGUUGCCAACACUGGUCAUUGGAAUAAUCUAGUAGAUUAUUUUUUUACAAUCUACCAUAUAUUUUUUUUC